UAUGAAUCAGCAGCCACACCAGGCCUCAGUUUGGCCACAUCUGGAGGACUGGGGUGAGGGCGCAACAUCGCAAAAUACUGGCCCCAGCUCAGUCACUCAUCUCUUUUUGGGCUGAAGAACACAAUACCCGGAAAGAAGCCCAGCAGAAAUAUUUGUCUGCCCUCACCCAGCUGCCUCUGCCGGUACUUGCUUUCCAUCUGUCCACCCACUGCAGUCCAUGCCUCAUGUCACCUCUCGAGCACCCAGGAUGCCCAAGAGCAGGUGUCCUUCAAGUCUUCCUGCAGACAGGAAUAUCUCUUCAAGUUUCACCCAAGUGAUAGUGAAAACACCAGCCAACCAGGAAGACUUUACAGUAGCUGAUGACAUCUCAGUGAGGGAGUUCAAGGAGAAGCUUUCGGCUCACUUCAAAUGCCAAACGGAUCAACUAGUGCUGGUCUUCAUGGGCCGCCUUCUCAAAGACCAGGACACACUGAGUCAGAGGGGCAUUACAGAUGGCCACACCAUCUAUCUGGUCAUCAAGUCCAAGAAUGGCUCCAGAUCCCUGGCCCAUUCCUCCCAGAACCUGCCAGCCGAUGAUUGCUCCCACCAGGACAGACACAUCAAUGGAAACAGCAGUGGGGUGUGCCAACCUAUUGGUAUGAGACAAGCCCCAGUGAAAUCAGGUCAGUUUGGUGAGUCUCAUGUGCCCAAGGUGCAAAACCAGAAUCUGGAAGUGAACAGUCCACAGUGUACAGCACAGAUGCUGGAGAGUCUUCAUGUCCAGCAGUUCCUGUCCAAUGUGGAGUUCACGCAACAAUUCAUCUCAGAGAGUCUAGAUAAGCAACAACUAAUACAGCAGAACCCAGAAGUUGCCCACCUCCUUGACAAUUCUGAAACCCUGUGGCAGACUCUGGAGCUGGUCAGAAACCUUGCCAUAAUUCAAGAGAUAAUGCAGACCCAGCAACCUGCACAGUCCUUGGAACAUUUGCCGAAACCACAGCCUUACCUGGGCUUAGAGACAAUUCCAGGUGGGAACAAUGUCAUGGGUCAGAGCUAUGCUGAUUUCAGUGAUCAAAUGUUCAACAGCAUGCAAGAUCCCUUUGGAGGCAACCCUUUUACUGCCCUUCUGGCAGCACAAGUAGCAGGACAAGUCCAACCCUCACCCCUAUCUCCACCAUCAUCCCAGGAACAGCGAGACCAGCAAGCACAUCUCCCUACAACCCAAGUAAUCUGUACUGGUUCUUCUGGUUUAUCCACAGUCACCCCAACCAAUGCUACCUCCAAUAGGCUCAACUACCCUUCCAGAACCAACACUGCCAUGAUCUCCACCAAGGGCCAAAGUCACGUCUGUGCCAUUCUGCAGCCAGAUGGGAUGCUGGCUUUACCUGGUAUAGAAGUCAUUCAGCAGCUCCAGGAAGAAUACGGUGAUGGCAGUACCUCUGUGUGUAGUUCAGACCAGAGGUCAGAGGAAGAUCUCCAGCUGUCAGAUGAGCAGGCCAGCCUCCAGAUCACAGGAGGCAUGGCACAGAUGCUUAUGAACCACCCUCACUUGGCGGCUCAGAUAAUGUUGUUCAGGAGUAUGACACAGCUGAGUGAACAGCGGUGGCAGCCACCGCCCACAUUCCUGCAGCAGUCAAGGCUUUCCAAUCUGCUUUUAGCCCUUGCCAAUCCUAAAGCAUCACAAGCAAUAUUGCAGAUUGAGCAGGGUCUUCAACUGUUGGCCACAGAGGCUCCCAUUCUUCUGCCCUGUUUUGCACCUUACCUGUCAGACUUAUGUUGGCUUCCUGGCCCCAGCUGCAGCUACCCUGAUACAGUGCUCAAGACCUGGAAUGGGCCAGUUACGGCUGAGCCCAAGAGGCCUGAGUGCUGCCACAAAUCUGGAGCAGUCCUGCACAGUCCGCGGUUCCGAGCUGGAGACACUUCCCAAUCCCUGCAAGCCCCGAAGAUUCGUUUCAGGAAACAGAUGAAAUUUCUUCAGGCUAUGGGGUUUAAAAAUUACCAUGCUAAUCUCCAGGCUCUCAUUGCUACCGAAGGGGACACUAAUGCUGCUAUUUGCAAGCUGCAGAAAUCCCUGGGAUCCUAACCCCCUGUCUAUCUGCCUACAGACAUAGGUGACCACCUCAGCUGCUUUUUCUAUCUGUCCUGAUGCUUCCACCUAGGAGAAGUCCUGUAAUAGAGAAACCAACCAAUGCUCUCUCCAUUGAGUACUAGACAAUUGGUCAUGGCUGGAACAUUUGUCAGUAAAAUGGCUACACCUUCUUGCCCUUCACUGGGGUUUGGCUUUCUUUUGCAGAAAAGUAACUAAAUGGGUUUGUCUUACCUACCAUGCAUACAUGA